CGUAAUGCAGGCCACUGAAUCAGAUUUUGUCCCAUAACCAUUAAACUGGCUGCUUUUAAUCACUUCAAUCCCACCCUUUCUCACAAAAAAAUACCAUCAAAAUGGCUUCUUUGAAUCUCUUCAAUCUCUCGUUUCUUCUCAGUCUUCUCUCCAGCUCAAACCUGAGCUUGUGGCCUCGGAAUCAUGGUGAAAAGGUUGGGGUUUUUCCGCCAACGUGCAACCGUAUCGAGUGCCCAAACUACGACGUGAUUCAUACUGGGAAUGGCUUUGAAAUUCGCCGUUACAAUUCCAGCACUUGGAUUUCUACAUCUCCUAUUGAUGAUAUUUCCUUUGUCGGAGCCACCAGAGAUGGGUUUCUCCGGCUAUUUAGCUAUAUCCAGGGCAAUAAUAGUGAUAAAAGAAAAAUAGAAAUGACAGCUCCAGUGAUCACCGAAGUGAAACCAAGUGACGGACCCUUCUGUGCUUCAUCCUUCGUAGUGAGUUUCUAUGUUCCCAAAGAGAACCAACAGAAUCCACCUUCUGCUAAAGACCUUCAUGUGCAGAAAUGGGGACUGACUUAUGUUGCUGUAAGGCAAUUUGGGGGAUUUGUAGAUGACGAUGAAGUUGGAGAGGAGGCUGCUGCCUUGUACGCUAGUAUUGCUGGAACCAUUUGGUCAGAUGCUAUCGACAAGAGCUAUUCAGGUGGGAAUGCAACAGAGUACAUUGUUGCGCAAUACAAUUCUCCGUUUGAGUUUCGGAACAGAGUGAACGAGAUCUGGUUGACAUUUGACUUGGAAGAUGGUUUUGCAAUUUGAGGAGUAAUUAUACAAUGCUAAUGGAGUGAAUUUUCCUGAUCUGUUGGAAGGAGAAGAGUUUAGCUCAUAGUUGUACGCCUCUGUGUUCCAUUUUGAAGCUCCAUGACAUCAUCUGUAUAAUAAGCAAUACAAUAUUUUUAGCAUAAAAAUACAGGCACUUGUUAAUGCGUAAGUUAGAGAAAGUGGAGUGGUACCUUUGUCUUCAUAUUUGGAUGCUACUCUGAGUUGUUAAUUUCAUGGAAAUAAUAUCAAACGAGGCAAAGUAUUUGCUUUUAUGGACAUAA